GACAAAGAUGAGUAGCAUGCCUGCAAAAUUGUUGGUCUCAACUUUUUACAUCCUCUUUGUGGCACUUCCUAUUCACAUGUCAGCACAUGAUAUUAACAGAGACACACAAAAUUUCAUCAAAGGUGGUGGAGAUGGUAGCUCAAGCAAAAGCUGCAACAACCAAUUGAACACAAAACCAGUGGCUUCCACAUGUCAAAAAUCAACAAUAACCAUUCAAGCAUCUCCAACUUUACCUUUCAAAACAAAUGCUUUGGUAUUUGCAGACCAAAGACUUGUAGUAGUGUACCCAGUUAUCCAAAAAUUCAAGUCCAUCAUCACCUCAGAUCCCUUAGGAGUUACUAAAUCUUGGGUAGGAUCAGAUAUAUGCAACUAUAAAGGAUUCUACUGUGAUAAUCCCCCAGAUAACUCCUCUGCCAUUGCUUUGGCCUCUGUUGACUUCAAUGGCUUUCAACUUGGUGCUUCUACACUUGAUGGGUUCAUUGAUAAGCUUCCUGAUAUUGCUCUCUUCCAUGCAAAUUCCAACAAUUUCAAAGGAACCAUCUCACCCCAAAUCACCAAGUUACCUUAUCUGUAUGAGGUUGAUGUAAGCAACAACCAAUUGUCUGGUCCAUUUCCCAUGGCUGUUCUAGGCAUGAGCACCCUAACAUUCUUGGAUAUCCGGUUCAAUUUCUUCACUGGGGCAGUCCCACCUCAGAUUUUCACCCAGAAUCUUGAAGUCCUCUUCAUCAACAACAAUAUCUUCACACAGAGUUUGCCUGAUAAUUUAGGCACUACUCAUAUUCUCUUACUUACCUUAGCAAACAACAAAUUCAUGGGUCCAAUACCUAGAAGUCUUCCCAAAGCUUUGUCCACUCUCACUGAGGUAUUGUUAGUGAACAACCAGCUAACAGGUUGCUUGCCUUAUGAGAUUGGUUAUCUUGAAAAAGCCACAGUGUUUGAUGUUGGAAACAAUCAGUUAACAGGUCCUUUACCAUUCUCUUUGAGUUGCCUUGAGAAGGUGGAGCUGCUUAAUUUGGCUGGUAAUCUACUCUAUGGCAUGGUGCCAGAAAUGGAUCUUAAUUCAGAAUGGAGUUCUUGAUGUUAGAAACAAUUGCAUUCCUGAUCUUCCAUCCCAGAGAUCAGUGAUUGAGUGUGCAGCUUUCUUUGCACGCCCAAGGAUAUGUCCCUUUAUGUG